AAAGUUCUUGUUGUUAACGAUGGCUCCAUUAUGAGUCCAUUCCUCCGUAGCCUCAUCUACUCUAAGUUUGAAGUUCAAGAAGUGAUGGACGCUAACCAAGCUUUGGACACCUUGCGUACUAACCAAUUGCAAGGGAGAGGCUUUGAUCUUGUUAUUUCAUACGCGCACAAGUGUCAGAGGGAUGCAACUGCAUUAAAAACAUUUAUUAACAGAGAAUUUCAACAGCAGCUCCCCAUAGUUUGUGUGAAAUGCAUAUCUGAAGCAGUGGAGUGUUUUGAUGAGCUAAACGGCAUGUUAGCUCGUGAUUUGAUACAUAAAUGGAAGUCAAAUACAGUGCAAAAAGCAUGUCAGAAGAAUUGGACAAAAGAACGCAAUUUCAACUUCUUUAGUGUCGUGGAAAGCUUAGAAAGUAGAGGCCACGAUGUUAAGCCAACUACGGUUUUGAAUGCCAUGUCCGCGAAUGAACGGGGAUUAGACUUAACACUGAAACAUGUUAACAGCCAUCUGCAGGAAAUUAGCAAUGGAUUUCCAAUGGAUAUUAGCUACAAUGGAAGUGUUCCCCCUGAGGCAUGGCCAGAAUAUUCUCCGUUCGCUAGUCAGCAACCAUAUGUCCAAGAAAUUAGCAAUGGAUUUCCAAUGGAUAUUAGCUACAAUGGAAGUGUUCCCCCUGAGGCAUGGCCAGAAUAUUCUCCGUUCGCUAGUCAGCAACCAUAUGUCCAAGCUAUGCCGUCAAUAUCUCCGGCACCGUCGCAACAGAUAAACAAUAACAGUCAAUUUCAUGAUAUUGUUGGAACAUCUCAACAAAGUCUCAACCAGGAUUACCCCAUCCCACCUUCUCAGUUUGGCGACGUGGAUUGGGAUUCGAUUGAUUUUCACCUACCUAAAUCUUAAUUAUUUCACAUGUUUUCUCCAUAAUGUAAUUUAUUUUUAUUUGUUAUUUUGAAAGCUUUUUAAUUAGUGAUCGAACUUUUAAUUAAUUAUGUAUUUCUCAUGUAUGUUGUUGAUUUGAUGAAAUAAAAUCCAUUUUUC